CAGCCUUGUUGCAGAGCUCUGCGUUUCCGUGUUGGUUAGCUGUGGGGAGAAUAGAAGAGUACACCGCGAGAUUGGCCAGAUCUAACUGGAUUACGCUGUCUGUGCCGCGAUUAAAAUGAAAAAGAAGUGACAUUCGACCUGCCGUCCGCGUUUAGAAGAUGACCGUGGGAUUAUUACAUUCACUUGGGCAUGAAGACGGGAUGACAACAUUGACUGACAUGUGAGAUAUCAGGAUAAAUACAACAACAGUGCGCUUGUGUUGCCACCUUCUGUUUAUGCAGAUUUGCCAUUGGAUUCCGCAUUUGCUGGUGGCGAUAUGAAGAAGUUUAAUAUCAGGAAGGUGUUGGACGGCUUGACUGCGGUGUCCUCCUCCGCCUCGUCCCCUCAAACGGGGAACAGGGAGAACGACAUCAUUCCGGAGACCCUGCAGUCAGAGCACUUCCAGCUCUGCAAGACAUUGCGACAUGGCUUUCCCUACCAACCUUCUUCUAUGGCUUUCGACCCUGUACAGAAAAUUCUGGCUAUUGGGACACAGAAUGGAGCCUUGAGACUAUUCGGCCGAGCAGGAGUGGAGUGUUACUGCCAGCAUGAGAGCGCAUCGGCUGUCAUCCAGCUGCAGUUCCUCGUCAAUGAGGGGGCGCUGGUUAGCGCUUUGGCCGAUGACAGUAUUCAUUUAUGGAAUCUGCGGCAAAAACUUCCAGCCAUCCUCCAUUCUCUUAAAUUUAACCGUGAGAGGAUCACAUUUUGCCAUUUGCCAUUUCAGAGUAAAUGGUUGUACGUGGGUACAGAAAGAGGCAACAUUCACAUUGUCAACGUGGAGUCCUUCACUCUCUCAGGCUAUGUCAUCAUGUGGAACAAAGCCAUUGAACUUUCCUCAAAGACGCACCCUGGGCCUGUGGUUCACAUCAGUGAUAACCCCAUGGACGAAGGAAAACUUUUAAUUGGUUUUGAGUGUGGCAUAGUUGUGCUGUGGGACUUGAAAUCAAAGAAGGCUGACUACCGGUACAACUACGACGAGGCAAUCCACUCUGUGGCUUGGCAUCAUGAGGGGAAACAGUUUGUGUGCAGUCAUUCAGAUGGCACACUUACCACAUGGAAUGUACGUGUCCCUGCCAAACCUGCACAGAUCAUUACACCACACGGUAAACAGCCAAAAGACGGAAAGAAGCCUGAGCCCUGCAAACCCAUCUUGAAAGUGGAAUACAAAACAACCAGAGCAGGGGACCCUUUCAUGAUACUGUCUGGAGGUUUGUCAUAUGAUACAGUGGGUAGGCGAGCCUGUCUGACUGUGAUGCAUGGGAAAAGCACUGCGGUGUUGGAGAUGGACUACCCCAUAGUGGAUUUCCUUACGCUGUGUGAAACCCCGUAUCCAAAUGAUUUCCAGGAGCCUUAUUCUGUUGUUGUCCUGUUGGAGAAGGAUUUAGUUGUUAUUGACCUUGCACAAAUUGGGUAUCCGAUCUUUGAGAAUCCCUAUCCUCUGUCCAUUCACGAGUCUCCGGUGACCUGCUGUGAAUAUUUUGCAGACUGUCCAGCUGAAGUGAUUCCUGCACUUUACUCUGUGGGCUCCAGACAGAAAAGACAGGGCUUCAGCAAGAAGGAAUGGCCUAUCAGUGGAGGUAACUGGGGUCAGGGAACACUAAGUUUCACAGAAAUCAUCAUCACUGGACACGCUGAUGGAUCAAUCAAGUUUUGGGAUGCCUCGGCAUUAAUGCUGCAGGUGCUGUAUAAACUGAAAACAGCGAAGGUGUUUGAGAAGCCUCGCUGUAAAGAGGAGAAAUCCAGCACUGAUAUUGUAGAUGAAGAUCCGUUUGCCAUCCAGAUCCUGUCCUGGUGUCCAGAGAGCCGUGUGCUGUGUGUGGCUGGAGUAUCAGCUCAUGUCAUCGUGUACAGGUUCAGCAAACAGGAAGUCACCACUGAAGUGGUUCAGCUGUUGGAGGUGCGUAUGCAGUGUGAACUGAAUGAAGUGGAGUCUCCGGAGGAUGGAGGGGAGCAGGUGUCAGCCGUUUCUACCCCAGGAACCUCCUCCAGCCCUCUGAGCAGCCUGCCUCAGUCCCACCCUUCCACCAGCAGCAACAACUCCUCUGAUGGCCUACGAGAUAACGUCCCCUGUCUCAAGGUUAGGAGUUCCCCUCUCAAACAGUCUCCAGGUUACCAGGUGGAGCUGGUAAUUCAGCUGGUUUGGGUUAGCGGGGAGCCGCCACAACCGAUCACCAGCCUGGCCGUCAACUCUGCGUAUGGCCUAGUUGUUUUGGGCAAUGGUAAUGGACUUGCAGUGGUGGAUUACCUUCAGAAAACUCUGCUUCUGAACGUGAGCACAGCUGAGCUGUACGGUUCGACAGACCCUCAUCACAGACAACCCCGCUCGCCCCGUAAAACCAGACAUCCCUCUGCAGACACUCUCCAUAAGAAGUCUUGCAUGUCCGGCCUCUCUAACUUUUAUUCUGAAUCUGUGAAAAAGCUUCGCUCUUCUUACAUCAGUUUGUGUGACGGUAAUGAUAGUUCUGCCGCUCCAGAGGAGCGAUGCAAAUCACCAACUUCAGACAGUGUUGCCCCUGUCGGCUCCGGUUCACCGUGCAAUUUUGAUGAAGACAGCAAACAAAAUUUCCUUGACAAGGUGAAGUCCAAAAGCAGGCUGAUAUCCAAGACUGUUGUCAAUGAUUUUGCUAAAAUAUCCCGGAAAAUUAGCAUGAUUGGUGAUCAGAAAGAUGACGCCAGGGACAGCUCAUUCAGCCGCUCUCGCAGCUCCAGUGUGACCAGCAUUGACAGGGAGUCACGUGAGGUCAUUUCUUCCUUCUUGUUUUGUGACUCUCUGUCCAAGAAGAGUGAGAUGAUGGCAGUGCCCAGCCUAUGGUUUGGCACCUCUUUGGGCAGCAUGCUGGCCAUCGCCCUCACUGUGCCCUCUACAACUGAGCAGAGGAUGCAACAGCCUGUGGGCAUCGCUUUUUGUGGAUGUGUAGUGCGUUUGAAGGGAGCUAUCCUGCGCAUGGCCCAGCUGGACGCCUGCGGGGCUCUUUUGCCCCACGUUUGCGAGUCCUGGUAUGAGCCCAACGCUCCUGAGGAAGAGAGAGAACGGACACGAAAACGCCGACCCACCUCACCUCCAUCUUCACAGGAAAACCAGGACUGCCAGUAUGCUGUGGUAUGCUCGGAGAAACAGGCCAAAGUGGUGGCCCUGCCCUCCCAAAACUGCAUCUACGAGCACAACAUCACAGAAACCUCUUUCGUACUCAGAGCUGAUGUGGUGAUGAUGACCGCAGGGGUCUGCAUCGCCUGCUUCUGUGCCAACGGUCACAUCAUGACCCUCAGUUUGCCCAGUCUGCGGCCGCUGCUGGAUAUCAACUACCUUCCCUUGACGGACAUGAGGAUAGCCAGAACCUUCUGUUUCUCCAACCAGGGUCAGGCCCUGUACCUCACAUCUCCCACUGAGAUCCAAAGACUCACUUACAGCCAAGAAACCUGUGACAACCUGCAGGAGAUGCUUGGAGAGCUGUUUACCCCAGUGGAGACCCCAGAGGCACCGAACAGAGGGUUCUUCAAGGGCUUAUUUGGAGGUGGAGCUCAGUCUUUAGACAGAGAGGAUCUAUUUGGAGAGCUGACAGCUGGUAAGGCUUCCCGCAGCCUGGCACAGCACAUCCCAGGACCAGGUGGUAUGGAGGGCAUGAAGGGGGCUGCGUCGGGUGUGGUGGGAGAGUUGGCGCGGGCGAGGAUAGCUCUGGACGAAAGAGGACAGAAACUCGGUGAGCUGGACGAGAGAACAGCAGCCAUGAUGGCCAGCGCAGACUCCUUCUCGAAACGCGCGCAUGAUAUGAUGUUGAAAUACAAGGACAAGAAAUGGUACCAGCUUUGAGGUUCAUGCAUGCAGUCAGCAGACCUUCAUAUGAAGACAGCAGAUCCAUCAUCUCUCCGUUUCUUCCUUCUCUUCCUGUAUCUUUCUUUCUCUGAUAUCCCGCGACUGCCUCUCUCGCCCAGCACAACGUCACGCGCCAUUACCUCGAGCAGAGGAGCUGCGGAAAGCCCAAGAGACGGGAGGGGAAGGAAUGGGAUGGGGGUUUCCUUCCCUUCUCAAUGGCAGUUGAGUUUCCUCUCCUUAAAAUGAAGCUGUGUAUUUUGUCUUGGGAGAGGAGACCCAACAUUGAACCUUCAUCAGCCAUGCUGUCAUUUCACUGCCAUUCUAUCUGCAAAGAAACUACAACACAAAUCAUUGUGGGAAAGGAAGCUGAAGGAAAUGUUUAAGAGGGCCAAGCAUAAUGCUUCUGAUAAUCGGUCACUAGGGCAAGAGUAGAUUGCAUGUCCAGGGAUUUAAUUUAUGAAAUUACCAUUAAGUUUUUUUUCCUCUUGAUUUUGGUAUAUGGGUGAAUCUCAAAAAAAAAAAAAAAUAAAUAAAUAAAUAAAUAAA